UUCUAGAAAGCAGGAGAAGCAGGCCGACGGAAGAAAAAGGGAAACAACGGUUCCCGGCAGAAUCACCGAAAAUUCACCGGCGCAAGCUUGCCGUUCUUCGAGCCGGGGCAAUAGCGAAGAAUCGAUGGAGAAACCGUCACCACCGUCGUCGCCAUCGUCGAGCUCCUUCGACGGUUCCAAAGAGCUUCAGUGCGUUGGUAGGUUGGAAAUAGUCCGGCCGAAGCCGGUGGGUUUCCUCUGCGGUUCCAUCCCUGUGCCGACUGAUAAAUCUUUCCACGCCUUUGAUUCGGCUCUGGUUCCUUCACGUCAGAAGGUGAGUGCGCCAAGGUACAGAAUGCUUCCGGCGGAGACCGAUCUCAAUACUCUUCCAGUAGUCUCCAACUUACCGGAGAAGGUUCUUCCAAUCGGCGCAGUACAGUGUAAAACCACCGGAGAACUGCUUUGGGAAGGAGAUGCUUUUUCAUCAAACAUGAGUAGGAAAUGUGAGACCCUUGCUGUAACCGGUCUGGUUGAAUAUGGAGAUGAGAUUGACGUGAUUGCUCCGGCUGAUAUUCUGAAGCAAAUCUUCAAAAUGCCCUAUUCCAAAGCCCGAUUGUCGAUUGCAGUGCGUCGUAUUGGGCAGACUCUUGUUUUGAAUUCUGGACCUGAUGUUGAAGAGGGAGAAAAGUUGGUUAGAAGACACGGCAGUCAGGCAAAGUGUGCAGAUCAAUCUUUGUUUCUGAACUUUGCUAUGCAUUCAGUGAGGAUGGAGGCUUGUGAUUGUCCUCCAUCUCAUCAUUCGCCAGAAAGGGAAUCAAACUCAUCUGUUCUGCCUGGGGGAAGUAGUUCACAGUUUGUUGGGAAUAAUGAUAAUGUUGUACCGAAUAAGGAAGUGAGCAAUCAUUCAGACUAUUCAGAGGUCAAGCAAGAUGGUUUGUUUUUGGAAAGUAAAAAGAACAAGAGAAACAAGGGUCGUCAUCCUGUUAAAAAAACAACACAUGUUACCGAGAAGUCGAAAAGUACAGUCCAAGAGUCUGAAAAACAUAAAAGAGUGAGAGAUGAUGGAUUCCUAAGGGUUCUGUUCUGGCAGUUCCAUAAUUUCCGUAUGCUUCUGGGAAGUGACUUGCUUCUGUUCAGUAAUGAAAAGUAUGUUGCUGUGAGCUUGCAUUUGUGGGAUGUAACCCGAAAGGUCACUCCCUUAACUUGGCUCGAAGCCUGGCUUGACAAUAUCAUGGCCAGUGUACCGGAGUUGGCCAUUUGUUAUCACGAAAACGGGGUUGUCCAGGGCUAUGAACUUCUUAAAACAGAUGAAAUCUUUUUACUGAAAGGAAUAUCUGAAGAUGGUGCACCAGCUUUUCAUCCUCAUGUUGUUCAGCAGAAUGGACUUUCUGUACUGAGAUUCCUUCAAGAAAACUGCACGCAGGAUCCUGGCGCUUAUUGGCUUUACAAAAGCGCUGGUGAAGACAUGAUUCAACUUUUUAAUCUUUCUGCCAUUCCUGAUAGUCACUCUUCAGACGAUUGUAAUGAUGAUUCACGCUCUUUGCCACCUCUACAUAGAGGGAGAAGCGAUUUCUCAUUCUCAUUGGGAACUCUGCUAUAUCGUGUUGCACAUAGACUUUCCCUUUCAUUGGCUCCUGACAGAAGAGCCAAGUGUGCUAGUUUCUUCCGAAAAUGUUUGGAAUUCCUGGACGAGCCAGAUGAUCUGGUUGUACGUGCAUCUGCUCAUGAGGAGUUUGCACGGCUUCUUUUGACUAAUGUCGAAGAGAUGGAAUUGAGCUCGGAGUCACUUAUUACUGACUAUGAAGCUACAGUCCCAGUUUUGUCUCAGGAUCCUUUUCAUUGUUCUCCUGAGUAUGUUGUGGAUGAGGAUAUCUCUGAGCCAGAAGCAACAGAAGAUAUAGGAAGUAUAGAUGAGAAUGUUUCAUUGGAAGCUACAGAGAAGAAAUCGGAGGUGAAUGAACCGGUAGAAGCCCUCCCAUCCAUUGAUUCUGAUGAAACACUUGCAAUCUGUGAGAUUCCGGAACCACUUGCACAUGUGGUUCAAACUGUUAGUGAUCCCAUCUCCUCUAAGCUAGCUGCUAUACAUCAUGUUUCACAAGCAAUCAAGUCCCUCAGAUGGGUUCGCCAAUUACAACCUUCCGAGGCAGACUUUGCAGAAGGUGACAUUGCUUAUGGUCAGGCUCCUGCUGCUGAAUUUUCUGUCUGUGCAUGUGGUGAUCCAGACUGCAUUGAAGUUUGUGACAUCCGUGAAUGGCUUCCAACAUCUAAAAUAGAUCAUAGAUUGUGGAAACUUGUGCUUCUACUCGGUGAAUCUUACCUGGCUCUUGGGCAAUCUUAUAAGGAGGAUAAACAGUUGCAUCGUGCUCUUAAGAUAGUAGAAUUAGCAUGUUCAAUUUAUGGAUCAAUGCCACAGCAACUGGAAGAUGCACGAUUUCUCUCUUCAAUGGUGAAGUAUUCGUCCCCACGAAAAUCAGCUGAUCAAAAUGGUAAGACAUUAUCCUGUAUUGGUAACAUUAAGGAAAGCAGAUCUGAUUCUGGUGAUGAUAAGCUUGCUUUUGAGCAAUUGUCUUCGACCUACCUAUUCUGGGCAAAGGCUUGGACACUGGUCGGAGAUGUCUACGUUGAUUUUCAUUUUAUGAAAGGUACAGAGCUCGUAGUUCAAACAGAGAGGAAAAAUUCUCUUGCAGAUUUGAGAAUGUCAGGCGAGGUUGUGAAGGAGGUACAGAGGUUAAAGAAAAAAUUGAGUCAGUAUGUGGAAAAUUGCAGCUCUUGUUCCUUGGUUAACUGUAGCUGCCAGAGCGAUAGGGUCAGCAGUGGUAGCAGUGCUAGUAGCAGCAGUGGAAGUAAGUCUGCUGUACCUUAUGGUAGAAAGCAUGUGAAAAGAUCUGGUGGUAAGAAUGUCAAAUCGUCAAUCCUCAGAGACAAGGAGGGUGCUCCUGCUAAUGAAAAACUGGUAAGCAAGAACGUGCCAGAUGGAAGGCAAUCUAAAUCCAGCCAACAUGGUGAAAGCUCAGUGGGAGAUUCUGGUAAGGAUGUCGAUAAGCCAGGGGAGAAUCUCAAUACAUCUCCCGACCAAACUGCCAAAGUGUCUAAAGACAAUCCUAAGAACCAAGAUGGUGGGAUAUUUAAGUACCUUAAGGGAACGAUUAUUGGGGGCACUGAAGAAAAUCUUUCUACAGCUCGAAGUUGCUAUGAAGAGGCUCGAAAGGCUUUGACUGGCCUUUCCUCUAGCUCGCAAGAACUUCAGUCUUUAGUAAAGAAGAUAGGGUGGGUCUGCAAUGAGAUUGGCAGGAAGAGUCUCGAAAGGAAGCAACUGAGAGAGGCUGAACAUGCUUUUGCCGAUGCCAUUAGGGCAUUCAGGGAAGUUUCUGAUCACACUAACAUCAUCUUGAUUAAUUGUAACCUUGGCCAUGGCAGACGAGCAUUGGCUGAAGAAAUGGUGAACAAGAUGGAAAAUCUCAGAGUUCAUGCAAUCUUCCAGAAAGCGCACAAGCAAGCUCUUGAAACUGCAAAACUGGAAUAUGGUGAAUCACUCAAGUAUUAUGGGGCAGCAAAAGCCGAGCUGAAUUUUCUGUCAGAUGAAGCUCACUCUUUGCCAGUUGGUCUAGGGGAUGAAGUCUGUACUCAGCUCGCACAUACCUAUCUCAGGCUUGGCAUGCUUCUGGCAAGUGAAGACAUCACCGCUGAAGUAUACGAAGACGUGAGCACGCGUGAGAUUUCAGCCAAUGAUGCCAUUCGAGAAGCGUUGGCUCUGUACGAGUCCCUAGGCGAAAUACGCAAACAAGAGGCUGCAUAUGCCUAUUUCCAGCUUGCCUGCCAUCAAAGGGAUUGCUGCCUGAAGUUUCUUGAGACAGAUCAUAACCCUAAAGGCGAAAAUGGCUCUAUUCUCCAUCGAGUGAAGCAAUACUCUUCUCUGGCAGAGAGGAACUGGCAAAAGUCCAUAGAUUUCUACAGCCCUACGACGCAUCCUGCCAUGUAUCUGACCAUAAUCAUAGAGAGAUCUGCUCUAUCGAUGAGUCUCUCAGAAGCUCUACACUCCCAAACGAUGCUAGAAUCAGCUCUCAACCGUCUACUGGAAGGACGCCAUGUAUCGAUUUCAGACGCUUUCCAAUCUGAUUACCCCGCUCUGCACACCAAGUUCUGGGAUCAGCUACGCGCCGUCUUGAAGAAAAUGCUCGCGACAACAGUAUCCGAGAGUGCAAAGAAGCCUGCUUCAACUGCAGCCAAUGUCCCGGGAUCAUCGAACAGGCACGGCGAUGGUGCUGGAAAGCUGAGAGAGCUGUACAAGAUGUCCCUCAAGUCCGCCGAUUUCAAGAAGUUGCAGUCCAUGCACUCCCUGUGGAUAUCGUGAAAGCGCAGAUGGCCACCGUGUGAUUUUAUACGAGGACGUUCGUAGCUUUGAAUCCUUCGUCAGUCCAGUCACCUACUGGAUUAUUUACGUAUAACUCUGGGUAAUUACCAAUUAACAGAAAAAAGGUUUAUGUUUUGAUGAUAAAAAGGUCUGCCAAAAAGAAAAAAAAAAGGUCUGCCCAGUGCGGGCGCUUUUUUUCUUUUUGGGAUAAUGAACAUGAAGCCCAAUCUUCAUUUCAAAAGUUCGGCCCAUUAUGGCCCGCCAUCUCCUCGUUCCAAAACAUUCGAGCUUUCCCGCCCAAUUUCGGUUGGUAAUAAUAACCUUCUAUAAUUUAGGGUGAUAAAAAUCUAAAUCAUCGAAAUCGAUUUCAGAGGGAUAAGGAGGAGAUGUUGAAUUGAGGAAAAGAAGUAACAAGCCUAUUAAGAUAAUUACAAUUAAAAUAAAUAAUAAUUACCCUUAUCAAAGAUUACAUUUACAAACAAAAUUCAACAACAAGAGAAACUUAGGCCCCAAGUCAAAGCUCAAACCCAACUCAGAAGUCAAUCUUGGUCAAGACUAGUCAACCAAGUCAAGCCUCGUUCAACUUUGAUCAACUCCGUCAGGUCUGUAUUCAAUUCAUACCAAAAUUUGCCUGCAAGCUCUGCAUGAACUCUGAACUAAUUCCAUACUCGGUCUGAACUAAGCGAGAGAAUUGUUUGGAAAGUGGGUUUGGCGAUGGAAUCUAAGAGGAAGCAACUUGACAUUACUAUAUUCUUCGUCUUCCAUUUGGUUAUUAUUAAUCCAAUAAAGCAAAGUGUGGCGC